AUUGUUGCAAAAUUAUUUGUUUCUCUGUUAGGGUCAGACUGAGGCUAUUGUUUAUGCUGAGAGUUAGACAUGGAGGGAUCAUGUGCUCAGUAGCCUUCAACAGGUGAGAUGGAGGUGGAACUCAAUCCUACAAGUGAAAAAGCCUGUGAAAUUGUGGCGUUGGAAACUCCUUCGGAGGAUGGUUUAGCAGAACCAGAAGAUGAGGAGCGGACAGUCCCAGCUGCUGGCAUGGUUUUUGACUCUGUCAACAGUGCGUUAGAGUUCUACAAGGGUUACAGGAAGCGGAUGGGUUUUGGAGUUUCAAUUAGAAACUCAACAUUAUCUCCAGAUGUGACAUACCAACGAGUGCGAUUGGCUUGUACACGGGAAGGGUUUCCUAGGAGCAAGAACCCAAGGAAGGGUUCAAUUUUUGCAUCACAAAAAGCAGGCCACGACCUCAGCCCCUCGAAGGGUCGUCACUUCCGCUGCAAUAGAAGCAUUUCAUUAGGAGUGUGGAGAACAUUGGAGAUAAAUAAUAAUGCUGGAAUAAGGGUCUGCCAUAACUAUUUGUCUAUUGUACAGGAAUAUGGUGGUUAUGAAAACAUGGGAUUCAGUGAGAGAGAUUGUAGGAACUAUUUAGACCAACAAAGACGGCUUAGGAUCGUUGAAGGUGAUGGAGAAGCAGUUCGUAGGUACUUUGAAGUAAUGAAAUUCCAAAGUCCCAACUUUUAUAGCAUAAUAGAAGUGGAUUUUGAACGCCGUGUGACCAAUUUGUUUUGGGCGAAUGGAAGGACCCGAGCAACAUACGAAUAUUUCAAUGAUGUUGUUGCCUUCGAUACGACCUACCUCACGAAUAGGUAAACAUUUAAAGUUAUUGAAAUUAAUUGAGGUCAUGCAAAGAAUAUUUAUACUGUUAUGUAGUUAUAUGGACCUUUAUUUAGAUAGAUUUGGGUAAAGGUUACAAAUUAAAACAGGGAAAAUCCAUAAAGCUUAUCCAUGAGU